GUCAUCUACUUAGUGCCAGCUGCCCUGAUGCUGCUUGUCAGCAUUAACCCUUCAAUAACAGGUAAUGGUAUCUGGAGGAGCCUCUGUGACCUUCAUUCUGCUGGAUGUAUUGUUGGGACUGUUGCCUUGGCUUGCUCUUUGUUUGCUUACGCUCAAGGAAACAUUUUACAUGAAGAAGAAGGCCGAGAGUUGUUUGGUCUGGUGAUUAUAGCAGUAUGGAUGAGGCUGUGUCGCAGUUCAGCCAAGACCCCACUGACUGGAGUUCGCUUGACUGCUGCAGUCGUGCUUGCGCUCUUCCCCUUUGUGUCAUGGCUGUACAUUUAUGUGAACAAGGAGAUGCGAGCAUCUUGGCCAACACACUGUAAAACAGUAAUAUAA